GCUACCGAUCCGCGGUGCAUGACGGGAUGUGUGCGUAACCUUUCACCUUUGACCUGUAGCAGCUGAAGGGCAUGUGAGAUGGAUCCAGCACAAUUUCAGGCAAAUUUACGAAAUUUACGUGACUUCCUGGCAGUGUAUAACAGACUGACAGAACACUGCUUCAGCAGAUGUGUGUCCAACAUGAACUACAGGUACCUCACAAGGGAAGAGGAAGUUUGCCUGGAGGGCUGCUCGGGAAAGUUGAUCAACGCCAACCACAGAAUCAUACAGAAGUUCGCAGAGAUCGGGCCUUAUGCCAAACUGCAGCAGGAACAGGAGAGGGCGGCUGCACAGGCUGCAGCUGAAGCAGCUGCACAAGCAGGUGCAGCAGGUGCAGCAAUGGACAUUCCUACACCCGCAGCUGUUCCAGGUGCCCCACCUGUAAUGCCAGGUGUUGAUUCACAGUUGCCAACAACACCUGGAUCAAACUCAGGUGUAACAGCAACACAGGUGCUAGGUGCAAUGGCGGAACAGCCCGCAGCUGCGUCACCUGUAUCAGGUGCUCCUACUUCAGGUGCAUCGAUAGGAAUACCUGGAAUUGCUGAACCACAGGGACUUGCCACGAAUGUAACACAGCAACAAAGUACAACAUAGUGGAAGCAGCAUUGCUAAGUUUUGUGUGUUCAACUUUUACGCAAUGAAAUCAACUUGUAAAAUUAAAGACAGUUCAAACUUGUUGUCAGUAACUCCAUGACUAACAGGUAAAUGCUUUGCUUUUCAAUGUUCAGUUAAGAUUAAAUGUCUCAUUGCCUCUGAUGUUCACACAACUUCUUGUAAUAUAACUUGUAACUUGUAAUAUCAAAAGACCAUCAAUAUUUG